AUUUUGUUUAUAUUUUACCAGAAUAAUUUGGUUACAGAACUUCAUUCGAAUAAAAAAAAUAAUUUAACAAUGAAUAUUAUGGAAACUGAUAACAAAGAUAUGGCUAGAAUGGUUGUCGGCCAUGCAAACAAUUUACGAAUCCAUUCUGGAAACAUAAUCAAUUGGUUUUCAUUGAAGAAGGGUGUUGGUAAAAAGAGUUCAGAAGAGCUCAUCGAUUCUGUUGAAAGCACAAUCAACGCAUGGACAAAUUCUAUUGGCCUUGAUAUAAUGAGUAUUGAGGAACCCCUCGGCAUGGUUGAUAUAACAAACAGAUCACUUGUGAAAAAAUUUGAAAAAGAUGAUCAUGAUAAAUUGAAAUUUUCAGUAAAAAUAUUUUUGACUCAGUGGAAGCCUGAACUAAUUCGACAAGCCAUUGAUCAAGUAUGUCAAUCAUUGGAUGUGACAUCAAUUGAUUCAGUAAUCGUAUCCUUUCCAAUGACUCCAUUAACUGAUGUCACUAACAAUAAUAAUAGUACGAUGCCAGAAUUCAAUAAAGUGAAGCCUAUUUGGAAGGAACUUGAACACUUAGUUGAUACUGGGAAAAUCAGCCAUAUCGGUGUCACUGAUUUUGACAAACAGGGAUUGGAAGAACUUCACCAAUGGUCAAGGAUCAAGCCAUCAAUUGAUCAAAUUGGAAUGACUAAUUGCUGUACCGUACCGGCAGAUUUGAUUGAAUUUUCUAAAGAAUUUGACAUCGAACUUCUGUCUCAUAAUGAUGCACCUGAAAUUCUCACUGCACGCUCCUUCCAAAAUUUGUUGCAAGACACUAUACAAGACAUGAAUGCAAAUGAAUGGACACCAUCAUUUGUAGCAAGAUAUUCUGUCAUAUUACGAUGUAGAGGAAUUGUAGAGGCAAAAGGUUACGUGGUUGGUGCAGAAAGAAAGGUUUCUUCUAAUGGUGUUGAAGAUUAUGGGUUUUUCUGAACUCAUAUUCAUGUUGCAAUUGUUUUAUAUAUUUGGUUGAAAUGUUUUGCACUGCUUUAUUGUUCUAGUAGACAGUAGGUCAACAUUGCCAGGAAGUAGUCCGCUAGGGAUUUCUGAUUUUGUUUUACGUAUAUUUUUAUUUCCAUUAUUUUCUAAUUCUUGAAAGCAUUUGAUACAUUGUUGAAAAUCCCACCGUUUAAUUUUGUUCAAUAAUUUAUUUUUUAUGCCAGGCUUCCAGAGAGAAUUGGUAUGUUCGCUAAUUCUUAAAAAAUUUUACAUUACAUCCUACAUUAAUAUAGUAAGAUAUUUUGAAAACUGGUAUUCUUGUAGUCUGUAUUUGUGAAAGUCUCCACCAGCGAUCUAUAUUGGGCUAUGAAUAGGUAAUCCGUCUCUGAAUGGGAGUCUCUUGCACCAAGAAGAUCAUGGUUUGCAUAAGUGCAAAUUCUUCUCUUUGUAUAAUAGCAUGUACUAUUAUGACAUAAAAAAUUUGCUGCGCUUGUAGUACUUUAGGUGUUCUAACAAACUUUAGUUGUAGUUAUGGUGUAUUUUUACUUCUAUCUCUAUUUGGAAUGGAUUGGAGAUAUAAUAUCAUAUGUUUCUCAAGGUUUUUAAGUUUCACAAGCCAGCUGACAGUUUUACUCAACUUAUAUGCAUGGGCUAUUUGAUAAAAAUUCAAUUCUGAAUGAAUGCUCAAAAUAUUCCGCUGUACCAAUAUCCAAAUUCUUUGAUUGUCAUUAGGUGCUCACAGGUUAAGCAAUAAGGCAAACUGCUGAUUUCCAAAUGACAUGAGAUUUUCAUUCAUUUGUGCCAUGAAACUUCUACUUUCGAUAUUCAGUGUAGGGUACUCCUGCAGUAUAUGUUGUACCAGUAUAGGCUUUGGCCAUAAUUUUAUUCCGGUUUUUCUUAUAUUAGUUUUAUUACGAGUUCAGGGACUGUCUGUGAUAGCCAAGUGAAUAUCCCCUGCCCAUAAGUUUCAGUCUCUUUAUACAACUUGAUGUAAAGUAGGCGAACAAAAUUAGUUACCUCCAAAACAACUCGUUAUUUAGUGACGGCUUUAUAUAGUUUUGGGUGUUUUUGAAUGAUUGAUUGAUGGGAGCGAGUGUGAUUUCUUUUUCCAUUGUAAGUUAUGUUGGGUAUCCGAAUAUCUUCUUAUAAACGUCAUCAGGAUUCUCUAUGCACUUCAUUUCAUGGCGUUAAAUGAUAUAAUCUGGCAUAUAUUUGGAGGAAAAAAAUCUUCCUGUUUUCAGAAUUCAUUUACUAACCAUAUUUACAUAUAAUAAUGGGUACAGAAAUGAAUAAAAAACAUUUCGUUCUUUUUUCGUUAUGUCUUUAAAAUUCAUUCCAUGUCCUGAGAGGUGGUCUUCCAUUUUUGUGUCCAACAUACAACAACUGGAGGCUUGAUUGUUUUGUAGUGGUUUAUUGUACUAUACAUGAUUUAUUCAGUAGAAUAGUGUUACUGUAUCAAUGUACCUAGCUGUUGGUCAUUGCUUCUACUCAAUUGGAACUUGAAAGCAACGGGAAUAUUGUUUCAUAUUUUGAUGUUGUAUUUGGAGGGAUUUUCUUGAUCAUAAAAUAAAUAAUAACUUUUGUUGUUGUUACAUUGGUAAGAGGUCCUUAGAUAUAAUUUAAUAUGAAUAGUACAUCCUUUUUAUACAUUCUUGUUUUCACUUCGUUGAUUUUUCUGUUAAAUUUUUGUCUUGUAAAAAUAUAUGCCCAGAUGUUAUUGGGCACUACUUGGUUUGGUAUUGUUGAAAUAUGUUUUCUGGAAAUGAUCCUGGACUUUAACUAGUCUCAGCUUCCAGCUGAAUUUUGAUGCAUAUAAUAUUUAAUACUCUUGUCAUUUGUGAAUGAAUUGGGUGAAUAUUAGGUCUCCUCUUCAGCAGAAACUAACAAACAAAUAUCAAUAUUAUAUACCAGAUAAUAUCAUAAAGGAAAAUAGCUAUAAAAAUGGUCUGAUGUACUUGAUGUGAUGUGAAAGUUGGCUUUUAUUGGCUGGUACUGUAGUAUAAGGAGUUGGCAUUCAUGACCUGGUCUUGGGUUAUGGCAUUCAUAAGCAGUUUUAUGUGUGGGCCGUUCAUACUAUUCUUGUAGACACUCUUCUUUCAGGACGACUGCAGGAUUUUUUUGUAAACCCAUAUUAUUGUAUAUUUAUAUUUUUGAUCGUAAUAAAUGGUAUCAUAUUAUAAUUUUGCUCAUAAUUUUAAUUUCACUCAUAUAUGUGGACAAAAUACCUAGCAGCGCAUUGCCGGAUUUGAGAUUUUUGUAAUUAUGUAUAAUAACGAAAGAGGUCUGUGAUUCCCAACCUUUUUUUCAAGCGACCCGAAUUUUCUUAGGAAUUCUCUAAAAUCACGCGACCCAAGUAUAUGCUUUAAUACUAGGCGGCAUAUAGUGUUUUUAUGGUCGCAAGAUACACUGACUAAAAUAAAACAGCAUUUUUACAUAAAAUUCAUUUUUCCAAAAGUUAACUCAAAUUGAGAAAGCUGUGCUCAUAUGCAAUAAGCAAGUUUUUGAAAUCAAGGUGUGGCUUUACUUAAGCAAAAUAAAUGCUGCCCAGUUUUUUUGUGCUGUGAUACCUCCCACAUAUACAAUUACUAUUGACAUUUCAAUACUAAUAUAAAAUAAAAUCUGUAACUUUUAGUUUUUUUUUAAAAAACAAGUGACCCAAGAAAAAUUUCAGGCGACCCAAUUUUUUUUUUUUCAUUUCAAGUGAGAGUCUGAUCUUGCGUGGGAAGAGAUUUUUAAAACAAAUUGGAAGAUAAUAUAUAAUAUCAAUAACAUUUCAAAAACCCGGCUAAUUAUUUUAUGUUUUGUUUAGCAUUUUUUAUCAAUUGUUUCCAUCCGUAAAAAGUGCAUAUAUGUACUGACAAUUAAUUAUACAUUCAAAUUCAUUUUUGGUUAUUAUUUACUGUGAGCCUAUCUUUUCUGGUAAAGCAACAAUAUCUUGCAGCUGUGUCAUGUUUUCAAAACCUUGUUUAGUACUCUCUGUUUCUGCAUUGUACUAUCAAAAUUCAGUUUUACUCAAAAAUCUUUAUUUGCUCAAUUCCUCAUAAACAUGCCCAAAAUGUUGUAUGUUGCGGAUUUUUAUGUAUUGUUUGGAAGUUAAAUUAUUUUCUCCACUAACAUUAUGGAUAUGUAAACCUUAAGUUUUGUGUUUUUUUAAUGUUUAUUUUGGUAUAAAAAGGUAAGUCAAAAUAGCACCAUAUUAUCGAAGGAGUAAUCCUUGGUGAAUUUUUUUCUGAAAUCAGUGUCACUAAUCUCCUGAAUGUGUCUACAUUAUAUGCAUAUAUUUCGUGACUAUAUGAAAGGUUAGCUUCAACAUCAUGGUUGAAAAACUGCCAAUAUCCACAGAGCAAAGUUAAUAAGUAAUUGAGUAUUCAGUAGUGUCGUUGUGGAAACCAUUAUUAUGUCACUGUCAUUUUCAUAUUUCUCUGAUUCCAAGCCAUUGAGUGCCACCAUAGAAAGUGUGAAGGGAAUGGAUGACUCUCCUCAACCAUGUUUUGGUUUGUUUAAUCACCUGUUGGUACAUCCUCUAGCAGCUAGCUGAUCUUUCAAAUGCCUGGGCGUAUAUCUCUCUGUGUGGUUCAAUAUCUGCUUGAAUAUCGUACUUGUAAGAUAAAAGUAUGUACUUGAUUCUAUAAAUUCAAAAUAUUAUUGCAAGUUGUUUUUUGCUGUAAUUCCCUCUUCGUCCUGAUUAUUUAGAUUUUCGUUUUAAAAAAGGGUUUGGAUUUGGUUUAACUGAAGUAUGUGUUCAACAGUUUUUCUAUGCACUUGUGUACAGAUGGGGUAUAAAUUACUUAAUAUAAACUGUCAUGAGUUUUAAAUAAUAUAUUAUGGUAAUUAUAUGUAGUUGUAAUGUAAAAUAUAUUAAUCAAUAAAAUCCAAAUGUUGAAAA